CCCCGGGGGCAGUUAGUUGAGGCGGCGGGAGCUCGGCGGAGGGCGGGCCAGGUGACUGGUCCGGGCCAUGCCGAGGAAGAAGCCCUUCAGCGUGAAGCAGAAGAAGAAGCAGUUGCAGGACAAGCGGGAGCGGAAGAGAGGGCUUCAAGAUGGGCUACGCUCCAGUUCCAACAGCCGCAGCGGGAGCCGGGAGCGGCGGGAGGAACAGACCGAUACCUCGGACGGGGAGUCUGUGACCCAUCAUAUCCGCAGGCUUAACCAGCAGCCUUCUCAGGGGCUGGGUCCGCGAGGCUACGACCCAAAUCGAUACCGACUGCAUUUUGAAAGAGACAGCAGGGAGGAGGUAGAGAGGAGAAAGAGAGCAGCCCGUGAGCAAGUUUUACAGCCGGUCAGUGCUGAAGUGUUGGAGCUGGACAUCCGAGAGGUCUAUCAGCCUGGCUCAGUUCUGGACUUUCCUCGACGUCCUCCUUGGAGCUAUGAGAUGUCCAAGGAGCAACUAAUGAGCCAAGAGGAACGGAGCUUCCAAGAGUAUCUUGGGAAGAUUCAUGGGGCUUACUCCUCUGAGAAACUCAGCUACUUUGAGCACAAUCUGGAGACAUGGAGGCAGCUGUGGCGGGUGUUAGAGAUGUCUGACAUUGUCCUGCUUAUCACUGAUAUCCGACAUCCAGUUGUGAAUUUCCCGCCAGCACUUUAUGAGUACGUGACUGGAGAACUUGGGCUGUCUCUCGUGCUGGUUUUGAACAAGGUGGAUCUGGCCCCGCCAGCUCUUGUGGUUGCCUGGAAGCACUACUUCCACCAACACUAUCCCCAGCUCCAUGUCGUCCUUUUCACCUCUUUCCCUCGGGACCCCCGCACUCCACAGGACCCUAGUAGUGUCUUGAAGAAGAGUCGGAGGCGGGGGAGAGGAUGGACUCGGGCCCUGGGGCCAGAGCAGUUGCUGAGAGCCUGUGAAGCCAUCACUGUCGGAAAAGUGGACUUGAGCAGCUGGCGGGAGAAGAUUGCUCGGGAUGUGGCUGGGGCCACCUGGGGUAAUGGCUCCGGGGAGGAGGAGGACGAAGAGGAUGGGCCAGCAGUCCUGGUGGAGCAGCAGACUGAUUCAGCGAUGGAGCCAACUGGCCCAACCCGGGAGCGCUACAAGGAUGGGGUGGUGACCAUCGGUUGUGUGGGUUUCCCUAAUGUGGGAAAGUCCUCGCUGAUCAAUGGGCUGGUGGGGCGGAAAGUUGUGAGUGUCUCCAGAACCCCAGGCCAUACCCGAUACUUUCAGACCUACUUUCUUACCCCAUCCGUGAAGCUUUGUGACUGCCCGGGCCUCAUCUUCCCAUCUCUUCUGCCUAGGCAGUUGCAGGUUCUGGCAGGGAUCUACCCCAUUGCCCAGAUCCAGGAACCCUAUACCGCUGUGGGCUACCUGGCCUCCCGAAUCCCUGUGCAGGCCCUGCUCCACCUGCGCCACCCAGAGACUGAGGACCCCUCAAUGGAACACCCCUGGUGUGCCUGGGACAUCUGUGAAGCCUGGGCAGAGAAACGUGGUUACAAGACAGCCAAGGCAGCUCGGAAUGAUGUGUACAGAGCAGCCAAUAGUCUCUUGCGGCUGGCAGUGGAUGGCCGCCUCAGCCUGUGUUUUCAUCCCCCAGGCUACAGUGAACAGAAAGGCACCUGGGAGUCCCAUCCAGAGACCACGGAGCUGGUGGUUUUGCAGGGCAGGGUGGGGCCAGCAGGUGACGAGGAGGAGGAGGAAGAGGAAGAGCUGAGCAGCUCCUGUGAGGAGGAGGGAGAGGAGGACCGGGAUGCGGAUGAGGAGGGAGAAGGGGAUGAGGACACCCCAACCUCGGCUCCAGGGUCCAGCCUGGCUGGCCGAAACCCUUAUGCCCUGCUGGGUGAGGAUGAGUGCUGAGUUCCUCGCCCAGUGCCAUCUUCCCACCCAAUAUCUUUGCUUUGGACUGACCUGGGGGUAACUCCCCUCUGCUGCCCCAAUUGUGAAUAAAGAUUGUUUGCUUUGUAGCCCCUUCCCCAGAUGAACUGAGGUGAGAGCGGCUGUUCCAGGCUAACAGCUAUGGGAGGCUUCUCUCCUCUUCUCCCUUCUUUUUUCAUGCAUUCUCUUUACAAGGGAAAGUUCGUUUAGGAGUUUAUUUAGUAGGUUCUCAGUCUCUGAAACCUGCUUCCUCUACCCACUCUCCCACUCUGCACCUUAGGAAUCCCAUUAUCUACAUGGGGAGGGGAGGUCUAACUCCAGUUCCCUUUUGGAGUUUGUUCCAUUCUCUGAUUUGAAGAGCAGCCCCGUGUGCUCCCUGCUGCCAGACCUGGUCAUUCCAGGAGCUUCUGUGAGAAGGAACAUUAAGAGAGGAGGUGUCCCAAGCUGAUGUCUCUAAGUGAGGUUUUUUACAGGAAUUGUUCAAAUUCAGCAAAUAUUUAUUGAGGGUCUAUUGUGUGUCUUGACUUGUGCAAAGCACCAAGCAUAUAAGGAUGUACCACCAGAGCCUGACCUAAAUUUGCAGCCUGGCCAUGAUCAAAACCCCAUCUUCAGGCACCCAAGGUUUUGGAUUAAGAAGGGUGAAUGAUGUUCUCCAAAUCCUGGGGGGUUUAUGCAGUAUAAUUCUAGGACUUUGUGUUAAUAUAAAUUUUUAGUUAAGGCAAAACACUUGUGAAUAUGUUGAUUAGAUGUGUACGAGUAGAGUUUUAAUUACUGGAGAACACUAGCGUGCACAUUUGUGAUUUGAUCAGAACAGCCCUUUAAGUACAGGGUUAAGUUUCAUUAUUCAAGAGCCUGGCAACUAUGAGUGUAUGAGGUACAUAGAGGCAGGUACAGAACCAGCCUUCUGAAUUCCAUUUCCUCUGAUUUGGGGGUAGAAGAACAAAGAUGACCCAGUGCAGGGUCUGAGCUAGAAGCUAGCAGGUGGACAGAAUCAUUUUAGGAUUUCAUCUCAGCAUUGUAGCAGAGAUCAGUUCUCUCAUGAAUCAGGGCACCUUAGGCCUUGCUGUACAUUCCUUUGCUAAGCCAGCAGGUGGACUCCUAGAUUUAAUUCUUUGAGAGAUGGGAGAAUGAGCUGGCUUUGUUUUUGGCUUUGUUUUACUGACUGCCAGUGUUGUCUGGGUUGGAUGAUAGCAAGAAGUGUAGUUUGAUAGCUUGACCACUAGAUGGAGGAGUGAGAAGUACCAGACUCCUUUGCUCUAAAGCAUCCCUUUCAGGAUCAGAGUCACUGGGCAGUUUCUCUAACGUGGGCAGAGAGGUCCUCUUAACCAAGGAGCAAAGGAAAGUAUGUUUAAAGAAGCUUCGAAAAAGAAAAAAAGAGGCUGAGGUGUUUGCCCAUAUAUUCCUUUAGGUUUAUCUCCGUUGGUUCCAGUGAGGACAUAACCGCUGGAAUUCACUCUAGUGCAAAGUUGAAAUACUACCAGCAUGUGAAUGUUUGAAGGUUUCCCAAAAUGUGCUAGAAAAGAGAAGAGGUCCCAGCUGAGAGGAAAAUCCACCUGUCUUCCAUCUGGGGCUCUUUAGCCUCACUGAUGGAAAAGGAAAAGGGGCCCAAGCUAAGCUUACUUUGAGGGUUCGUGAUGUUCACAGAUGCUCAGGGGACUUCUCUGCUGCAGGAGGUGGGGGGAGAACAUUGGAUUCAUUUCCUUAGAAUGUGGAGAGAAAGGAGAAAAAUCAGAAUUCUGUUUGCACCUCUGUUUCUUGCACUGCUUCUCUGUUUGUUUAUAUCUUUUUCCACCUGAAGAGUUUCAUCAGGGGCAUUUGAGAGGGUCUAGGGGUGGGGAUGAAUAGUUAACUGGGAGCUGAGCUGGACAGGCAGCUGAGGAGCGGGGAUUUUUAUGCCGAAGACUUGGCAGGAGGCAACUACAACAUCCCCACUGGGAUAGACUGUAAAACCUCUUCCCAGGCCUCUUACCAGUGACUUGCUGGUCAUAGAAAUAGGAAAAUAACAGGGACCUGCAGAUCAGGAUGAAUAGGACCCCAACACCAGUGCCUGAGGCUGAGGUUAGAACUAACUGCAAAGACACAGGAAACCAAGGGCCCAGUCUCCCUUCCACGCUGAAAUACCCUUGUCCUCACACCCUCUUGUCUGGGUCAUGUCUCUAUUAUGUGAACGCUUGAUCUUGGAGGUCUGGGGCUCUGGCAGCUUCCAUAGCUGAUUAGUCUCUUGAUGGAGAAAAACCAGAGCUGCUCUCAUCCAUGCUGGAAUUUCAUGUAGAAGUCAACUUCCAAGCUUCCCUUUUUCCAGACAGGAUUCUAGUCCUGGUUCUGGAACAAGGUAACUGUGGUCCAGGAUGGUUCAAUUAUCUGGGUCUUUGUUCAUUUCUUAUAAUCAUUGAUGCAGUCAACAAAAAUUGGUUGAAAACAAUAUAUUCCAUGGCCGGGCAUGUUGGCUUACGCCUGUAAUCCCAGCACUUUGGGAGGCCCAGGUGGGCGGAUCGACUGAGGUCAGGAGUUCGAGACCAGCCUGGCCAGCAUGGUGAAAACCCGUUUCUACUAAAAAAAAUACAAAUAUUAGCAGGGUUUGGUGGCACAUUCCUGUAAUCCCAGUUACUUGGGAAGCUGAGGCAGGAGAAUUGCUUCUACCCGGGAGGCAGAGGUUGCAGUGAGCAGAGAUCGUGCCAUUGCACUCCAGCCUGGGCAACGGAGCAGGACUCCUUCUCAAACAAACAAAAAAACUAUAUAUGCCAGACAUAUCUCCCUGAGUUCUGAGACAAUAACCGAAAUUUAAUAAAGCAAGAUCUUACCCUCAAGGAAUAGAGGGUAGGGAUAGAAUAAUACAAUAGUUCUAUAGCAGUGUGUAAACUAUAAAAGCAUUAUUUUAUGUAUAUCUAUUCAGCUGUCAAAACUAAAUAAGGUGGUUAGUACCAUAAUUAUCCAAAGGAUUCAUUCACUCAUAGAACAUUUGUUGAGAAAUUACUGCCAUUACUUCCAAGUGGUAAGUGAGAUAGAAAUGGUUCUUUGUGGAGCUCACAGUUUAUUGGAGAAUAGAAACAAUUAUAAAAAUAAGUGUGAUAAGUUCUGGGAGAAGGUUGGUACAGGAUCCUGUGGGGUAGUGGCAUAUAGGAGGGAUCUUGGGGUACUGAUCAGGGAGAAGUGGGGAACAGGGCUAGAAGCUGCAUUAGUAAAUCAAGUUAUGUCAGACUGCCAAAAAAAUAGUAAUAAUCAGUAGUCUAUGGUAAAGAAUUGCUACAGGAACAGCCAGUAGGCGCAGUUAAGCUGGUCUUGGUGAAUCAGGCAAAUCCUCCUAGAGGACGAGAUGUCCAUGCUGAGGCCUAAAGACUGGGCAGGAGUUUUCCAGACAGAGGGGAAUAGCAUUCCAGGCAGAGGAGACAGUAAAGGUUAAGGAAUAUGACAACUUUGGAAGAUUGUAACUUGUUCAGGGGCAGAGGGUGCAAAGGAGAAAUGAGGAAAGGUGAAGCUGGAGAGGUGGGCUUGGUCCAGCUCUUGCUGGGCCUUGUCAGCUGUGUUAAAGAUUAGACUUUAUCCAGAGGGACAUUGAAGUUUAAGCCUAAGACUGAAAAGGUGAGAAUUGUGCCUUAGAAAGAUCACUAUAGUUGCAGUGUGGAGACUGGUUUGGAAAGGGGAGAAAUCAGAGGCUUUUGCAGCCAUCGCUGAGAGAGAGAAUGGACACCAGAAUUAGGGUAAUGGAAGAUGGAAAGAAGAGAAAUCGUUUUAUGGGUUUCUUAGGAGAUAGAAUUGGGAUUCUAUCUUGGGAUUGUUUUGCUGUGUAGGGGAGAGGGAGAAGUCAAGAGUAUACAUCCUCUUUCUCACUUGGCAACUGGGUGGGUCAUGGUCUGUUUCCUGAGACAGUUGUUUACAGCCAUACCACCAUGAGUGCCCUGGAUCUCAUCUGAGACAGUUUAUGCAAAUGGAGCUUGGGGAAAGAGAGGUCGUGGCUGGAGACAGAUUUGCGCAUCAUCAACAUAUAGGUGUGGGGAGCAGAGAAGGCUGAGGAAGAAAGCAGGAAACAUAAAGGAGAGCAGGGAAAGGAGCCAGUGAGACAGGAAAAAACCUAGUAACAUGGUGUGAUGAAGCUAGGGGAGGAAGGAAGGAAGGGCGGUGUGGCAUGCUGCUGAUGUAAGGUGGCGUGGAGAAUGAAGACUAUCCAUCAGCAGCGAGAGAGGCCUCCACGGUGUUGGUGGGAGCAGUUUCUUUGGAGAGGUGGAAUCAGAGGCCCCAGAUGUCAGAGGGUUAAGGAAUAAUUUGGAGGAAAAGAGUAAAGGCAGUGGAGUAGAGGAGAGAAUUUUCAAGUUGUUUGGCAGUGAUUGUAAUGAAAUAAAAAAUGGAAGGAGCAGAGUAUAGGCAAUUGAGGAAUUUUUUUAGUUUGGAGCCUGUUAACAUGAUGCUAGGAAGAAAGAUUAAGUGGAGGAGAAGGGUGAGAAUGCAGGAAGAUGGGGCUUAGGGACGGAACAAGCCUUGGGGAUCUGUGGGCGUGGUACUGAGAAUCCCGGUGAGGGGAGUGCCCUCAGGCAGGCGCCGGUGGCGUCUGUCAUAGGAGGGAACAGCGCUGACAUUCAGCUGGCUCGCACUGGUACGGCUCAACAGUUGUUAAAACACGUCUGUUCCAGUGUCAGUAGUAUACGAGUAACUGCAAUAAGCAGUAAAAAUUAUGAAUUUUAAUACAAACUCAGUUCAAGCGAAUUAAGAGAUCGCAACAGCCAUUGGUAAAUGGACUUCUCGCCGCAUUUGAGAAGCUUUGCAACGCCAUCUGCCGGUGUCGUCGUAUCACUGCAGGCCGAGAGGCUGCUUUGCGCCUUCAUCAUGAAGCAUUCUUUGAAAUUGCCUGUUUAAAUUACCUUGGAAUCAUGGAGUUGCUACUGCUUCUGAAUAGUUUAGCUUCUACUUUGAUUUUAUUGUUAGUGCACUGUCGUUCUUGUAGCAAGUUUCAGUGUUUUAAUAUUUACAAAUUCUAUAAUUUUUACUAUUAAAGCCAAACUUGAAUGAAGA